AUGGGGGGACUGACCGUUGUAGGAUGAGAAAUCUACGAAUCGACCCCACCGAGAGUUAAAGAGGAUAUAAUACCUCCUCCUAAGGAGAGAGUAACGGUAGUUUCUUUAAACGGUCAUAUUAUUUUCAAAAUUCGGAACUUUGAAUUAGAAGAAGAAGAAGAAGAAAGGGGGACAAAACUGAUAAUCACAGUCACAGAUCUCAUUUUCCUCAUCACCAACUAUUAAGGAUUUCAGUUUUUUCACUGAGUUGUUUCAAGGAGUGUUUUAGGUUACCCAAAGAUUUCAAUUUCAAUGGAAGAAGGAAACAAAUUAGAAACCCUAGAUGUUGAUUCUUGUUUGUCUACGGUUUAUGAUUGGGAAAAAGACUUACCUGAUAAGAACUCAUCUUUUUUUACCCAUUAUAGAUCUCCGAAACCUUAUAAUAAAGAUUUGAGUAUGGAUAUGGAUGAAGAUAUGGGUACAGGUUUACUGGAUUCAAUUCUUUGUAUGUCUGGUUCCAGAUUGGUUCCUACUGGAUUUUCAAAAUUCAACUCUAUGGAGGAUUUUGUGAUGUUUGUGAAUGCUGGUGGUGGGGUGUUAAAUGAAGAGGAGAAUGGUAUGAGAUUUGAGGCAGACAGAUGCUUUCAAGGAGGACAAGCAUCAAAAACAGAUGAGAGUAUAGAAAAUGGUGGUGAUUAUGCGGCAGUAUAUCAAUCAGCAAGGAGUGGAAACUUCAGUUACAAGUUUGAAAAUCUUCCUCCUGGAGAUUACUUUGUUGAUCUUCAUUUUGUCGAGAUCAUAUACACUCAUGGGCCUAAGGGAAUGAGGGUUUUCAAUGUUUUGUUGCAGGGAGAAAAGGUUUUGUCUGAUCUGGAUAUUUACGCUACCGUUGGAGCCAAUAAGCCUUUGCAGCUGCUUGAUGCUAGGGUUUCUGUAGGUGAGGGUGGAGCAAUCAACUUAAGCUUUGAAGGGGUUAGUGGAACCCCAAUAGUUAGUGGUAUCUGCAUUAGAAAAACAUCCAAAUUAUCAGCUCCCUCUAUGAAUCCGGAGUACCUUACAUGCAACAAUUGUUCAACUGAGAUUGAAGUUCCUUACAUACAGCAUAAACUUAUUCAACAAAAAUCGACGGCUAAGUUUGAGAAGAAAAUAGAUGAUUUGACUAGCCAGUGCCAGCUGAAGACUAAUGAAUGCUAUGAAGCUUGGAUGUCUCUUACAGCUGCAAAUGAGCAGUUGGAGAAGGUUCGAAUGGAGCUUGAUGAUAAGAUGAUUGAACUCCAUGCGCUUGAUAAAACCAUGCAAAAACAAGCAGCGAAGUUGAACGAUGUUUCUUGUACAUACGAACGUGAUAAGAAGUCCUGGGUUGUAGCUAUUAAUAACUUGGAAAGAAAAAUUAAGAUAAUGAAAACAGAGCAGUCGCAGCUGUCCCGUGAAGCCCAUGAAUGUGCCGAUUCGAUUCCUGAUUUAAAUCAAAUGGUGUCUGCUGUUCAAGCAUUGGUGGCACAAUGUGAUGAUCUCAAAAGGAAGUACUUGGAGGAACAAACAAUGAGAAAGAAACUAUAUAACCAAGUUCAGGAAUCUAAAGGGAAUAUUAGGGUGUUCUGUAGAUGCCGCCCAUUAAGCAAGGAAGAUAUCUCAGCUGGGUAUUCAACAGUUGUUGAAUUUGAAGCUGCCAAAGAUGGGGAUCUUGGAGUACUGACUGGUGGCUCCACUAAGAAGACUUUCAAGUUUGACCGGGUUUAUACUCCAAAGGAUGGACAAGCUGAUGUGUUUGUGGAUGCUUCACCGAUGGUGGUUUCAGUAUUAGAUGGAUACAAUGUUUGUAUAUUUGCAUAUGGGCAAACAGGGACUGGGAAGACGUUCACGAUGGAGGGUCCAGAGAAUAAUAGAGGAGUCAAUUACAGGACUCUUGAGGAACUGUUUAAUAGAGCCAGGGAAAGGAGUGAAACAUUUACUUACAGCAUAUCUGUCAGCGUGCUUGAAGUUUACAAUGAGCAGAUUAGGGACUUGCUUGCUACGUCCCCAGCAACAAAGAAGUUGGAGAUACGGCAAGCUUCCGAAGGAGUUCACCAUGUACCAGGAAUUGUGGAAGCUAAAGUUGAGAACAUUAAAGAGGUCUGGGACGUAUUGCAGGCUGGAAGUAAUGCAAGGGCUGUGGGAUCUAAUAAUGUGAAUGAGCACAGUAGCAGAUCUCACUGCAUGCUCUCUAUAAUGGUAAAAUCUAAAAACUUGAUGAAUGGUGACUGCACCAAAAGCAAAUUAUGGUUAGUAGAUUUGGCUGGUAGUGAGAGGCUGGCGAAGACUGAUGUGCAGGGGGAGCGACUAAAGGAAGCUCAAAACAUCAACAGAUCCCUUUCAGCUCUUGGGGAUGUCAUAUCCGCUCUAGCAAAUAAAAGCAGUCACAUUCCUUACAGGAACUCGAAGCUAACACACUUACUUCAAGAUUCAUUAGGGGGAGACUCAAAAACUUUGAUGUUUGUUCAAAUCAGUCCUUCAGAAAAUGACUUAGGUGAGACACUAAGUUCACUAAAUUUUGCAACAAGGGUUCGAGGAGUUGAGCUGGGUCCUGCAAAGAAGCAAGUGGACACUGCCGAGCUUCAAAAAUUGAAAACCAUGCUUGAUAAAGCAAGGCAAGAGUCGAGAUCCAAAGAUGAGUCUUUAAAGAAGUUAGAAGAGAACAUACAAAACCUGGAAUUCAAAGUGAGAUCCAAGGAUCAGCUGUGCAAAAACCAACAAGAAAAGGUUAAAGAACUUGAAGGACAAAUAGAUUCAAAGAUGGAGGUGCACAACCAAACUGAGAAACAAGUUUGGCAACUUAAUGAGAAGUUGAAGGGAAGAGAAGAAACUUGCAUUGGUCUUCAACACAAGGUCAAAGAGCUUGAAAGUAAACUGAAAGAACGGGAACAAUUGGAGUCUUUGGCAUUUCAACAGAAGAUUAAGGAACUCGAAGUCAAACUGAAAGAGAAAGCUCAGCAACAAUCUGAAUCUGUGGUCCUUCAACAAAAGGUUAGGGAGCUUGAAAGCAGGCUUAAGGAGAGAGCGCAACAGCAGGCUGAGUCUGUGAUUCUUCAACAAAAGGUGAAGGAGCUCGAAAACAAGCUUAAAGAUCGAGAACAGAACAUGGAUUCAGCACUUCUUCAUCAGAAGAAUAAGGAGCUUGAAGAAAAACUUAGAGAGCGAGAGCAACAAUUGGAGUCUAUGCUGCAACUGUCACAGUCUUCUAAGAUGUCUAGAUGUACCCCAGUUGUCGGAAAGACUCGUAAUUUCGAGGAAUAUGUGAGUGAGAAUGAUCCUCAAAUUCCCAGGACUGUAAGCUCCAUCAACCGUGUGCCAGGUCACGGAGGGACUGAACCUCUCCGUGAGAUAAGAAGGAAAAGGGAACUUAGAAGUGGAGAAUGUGACAAUAGUAAUGGUCCAUCGACUUCUUUGCUCGAGAAGAAGAUAGCGCCAGUUGAAGCGAAGAAAGCUAGGCAACUUCCUACAGAUUUGGAAAAAGGCAGAACUGAUCCAUCUAAAGCAUUUCCAAGAAUUACAAGAACAGCAAAAACAGGGAAUGUCUCCCGGCUUUCAUCACAUAGCAGGCUUAACAAGGAUCCUGCAGUGGCUAUCAAAGAACGUGAUAAGACAAGAGGAUGGUCUAGAUAGUAUAGUAACUAACUCUUAGUUUUUUUUUCCUUACGUUCUUUCAUUUUUUAUUUUUUUGUUCAUCCUUUGUUAAUAAUACUAGAAUGUGUGUUAGACCUUGCAAUCAAUUUCAGUUGAUCUUACAUCAUAUUACAAUCGACCUUUAAAUUGUUGUUGUUAAUACAUCACUGCACAUCAUAUUACAGUUUAGCAACACAACUAACUAGUCUUGGAUGUGCAUUUUUCUUUUCUUGAAUUUAACUGCUAAUGUAGGUGUUUUUUUGUCCA